AAUCUCUAAUGGCGCCGAAAGCAGCGGAGAAGAAACCGGCAGAAAAAAAACCAGUCGGAAAAGCUCCGGCGGAGAAACUCCCAAAGGCGGAGAAGAAAAUCAGCAAAGAAGCCGGAGCAGUCGAGAAGAAGAAGAAGAAAUAGAAGAAGAGCGUCGAGACUUACAAGAUCUACAUCUUCAAGGUUCUGAAACAAGUUCAUCCAGAUGUUGGAAUCUCUGGGAAAGCUAUGGGAAUCAUGAACAGUUUCAUCAAUGAUAUCUUCGAGAAACUUGCUCAGGAAUCGUCAAAGCUCGCUAGAUACAAUAAGAAGCCGACGAUUACAUCGAGGGAGAUUCAAACUGCUGUGAGACUUGUGUUGCCUGGAGAACUCGCUAAGCAUGCGGUUUCUGAAGGCACAAAGGCGGUUACCAAAUUCACCAGUUAGGGUUUUUCUUUGUGUGUGUAAAUUUCCGGUUUAAUUAUUUGGUUUAGAAUCUCGAUUUGUUAGAUAUUUUAGGUUUCGUGUGGUUUGAUGAUCAGUCUAAUGGUUCGAAAUUGAUGGUUGAAUUCGAUUUGUUAGAGCCUGAAAACUGAAUAAUUUGCAAAUUUCACCAUCAAGUAAUUAAAAACUAAAUUUGAACCCAUCAGUUGUUCCAAUACUAUUGGAAAGUGAAGAAUUGCGUUUCAGUUGCGUUUGUGUGUGACAUCGACAAAACAAACUAAACGC